AUGACAGCUCAAGAUACUUCAACAGGGGCAAGUGAGGAUCAGCGUGCCUCCUUAACCUCCCGGGUCAUCCCAGUGAUGACACUAUCCGAGGGGACCAGUCCACUCACUCGCCCUCUUCCCACCGUUCCCUUCACAUCUGCGCGUGAGCGCGCCGAAGCACGGUUUCAAGUCCUCGGAAAGGGUGUGGUAACAGGCGGAGCAGGCGUCCUCGGCCUAAUCUCCGCCCAAGCUCUUCUUGAGCACGGACUAUCCUCUCUCUGUAUUAUGGAUCUACCACAGACCCUCGAGACAUCCAAGCCACAGAUUGAAUCACUUGCAGCGAAAUUUCCCUCUGUGACAGUCACUCGGAUCCCCUUAGAUGUCACGUCGAUGGAGUCGAUCCAGUCCGCAUUCGAUGAAGCAGAUCGGACAAUGGGCGGUAUCGAUGUUCUCUGCUGCUUUGCUGGAGUUCCAGGGUGCCAGCCUUCACUUACAGUGACACCCGGUCAGUGGAACAAGGUGAUGGAUGUCAAUCUGAACGGGUCAUUUUUCUGUGCUCAAGCAGCGGCCAAAGUGAUGGAAGCAUCCGACAGCGGCGGAUCCAUCCUUCUCACUGCAUCAAUGUCGGCACAUUACACCAACUUCCCGCAACCGCAGGCGGCAUACAAUGCGAGCAAGGCUGGGAUUGCCCAUCUGACUCGUAACCUGGCUGCUGAGUGGGCUGUACAUGGCAUUAGGGUGAAUAGUAUCAGCCCUGGAUAUAUGGAUACAAUUCUCAAUGCGGGCGAUGGGUUGGCGGAUAUUCGAAAGAUUUGGGAUGCCCGUUGUCCAAUGGGCCGGAUGGGAGACCCCGAAGAGAUUACUGGUGCUGUGGUUUUGUUAUGUAGUCAGCGGGCUGGUCGGUAUAUCACUGGUGCGGACAUUAUUGUUGAUGGCGGUACUUUGACAUUGUGA